AUGGUUUCCCGAGUGAUCUGGCUCCUGGUCAUGCUGACAGGUGUCCUGUGCGCGCGCUCCAGCCGGGCUCAUACCUGUCCGGCCAUCUGCAGCUGCAGCCAAAACACCUUUCAGUGCAAUAGAGACACUCAGCUGGCCUCCCGGGCUGCAGCAACAUCCGUGACCCGACUGUGGCUCUCUCAGCUGUGCCUCAAAGAAGUCCCCACUCACGCCUUCAAGGAGCUCAUCAACAUUACAGCAAUAGAGAUUUCCCAGAGCGACUGCAUCAGGCAGAUAAAGAGACAUGCCUUCCUUUCCCUCCACAGCCUGGUUCAAAUCUUGGUGCAGAAUAUCAACAGUCUGAGGGUUAUUGAAAAAGGGGCCUUCACUGACCUGCCCAUGCUGGAAUAUUUGAGCAUCUCUAACACAGGGCUGAUACACUUCCCCGACUUCACAACCAUCUCCUCCCUGAUGCCAAAUAUUAUCCUAGAAAUGGCAGAAAACAUGAGGAUAGAAGUCAUUCCUGCCAAUUCUUUCCAGGGCAUCACAGAGGAAUAUGUUGACAUGAACCUGUUCAGAAACGGCUUCAAAGAAAUACAAUCUCAUGCAUUCAAUGGAACCAAGCUCAACACACUGAUUCUGAGGGACAACAGAGGUCUAAGAAACAUCCAAGAAGAUGCUUUUGAAGGAGCCACGGGUCCAAGUGUUUUGGAUGUUUCCUCCACAGCUCUGAGCUCCCUCCCUCCCAAAGGCUUGAGGCAUGUGAGGUUUCUGAAAGCCAGCUCUGCCUUCGCUCUGAAGACCCUCCCUCCUCUGGACAGCAUGUCUGAUCUGCUGGAGGCCGAGCUCACGUACUCGAGCCACUGCUGCGCCUUCCACUCAUGGCGGCGGAAACAAAGGGAAAGUGCUUCAAAGAACUUCACAAAGUUUUGUGAUUCCAGCGCAGGAGAAAUAGAGCCCUCCACAGAUGGCAUGAAUCUCAUUGACGACAUCAACUUUCAGUAUCCAGACCUGGAAUUCAUUUGUCACAACAACCUGCUAGUCAAGUGCACGCCAAAUCCGGACGCCUUCAACCCGUGCGAGGACCUGCUGGGCUUCCCCUUCCUGCGCAGCCUCACCUGGAUCAUCACCGUGUGCGCUGUGACCGGUAACCUGGCCGUGCUGAUCAUCCUGCUGAUGAGCCACCACAAGCUGACCAUCUCCAGAUUCCUCAUGUGUAACCUGGCGUUCGCCGACCUGUGCAUGGGGCUCUACCUGAUGCUCAUCGCCUUCAUGGACCGGCGAUCCCGCCACGAGUACUACAACCACGCCACGGACUGGCAGACGGGGCCCGGGUGUGGAGUGGCGGGCUUUUUGACGGUGUUCGCCAGCGAGCUGUCGGUCUACACGCUCACCGUGAUCAGCCUCGAACGCUGGCACACGAUCGCGAACGCCAUGCACGUCAACAAGAGGCUGCGGUUGUGCCAUGUGGCGGCCAUAAUGGGGGCCGGCUGGGGCUUCUCGCUGCUGGUGGCGCUGCUCCCCCUGGUGGGCGUCAGCAGCUACAGCAAGGUGAGCAUCUGCCUGCCCAUGGACAUCGACACGCUGGGCUCGCAGGUGUACGUCGUCGCCGUGCUCGUCCUCAACGCCGCCGCCUUCCUCGUGGUCUGCGUCUGCUACGUCUGCAUCUACCUGAGCGUCCACAACCCGGAGCACUCCACCCGAAACGGAGACACCAAGAUCGCCAAGCGGAUGGCCGUGCUCAUUUUCACCGACUUCGUGUGCAUGGCGCCCAUCUCCUUCUUCGCCAUCUCCGCGGCCCUGCACAUGCCCCUCAUAACCGUGUCGCACUCCAAGAUCCUGCUCGUCCUCUUUUACCCGAUCAACUCCCUCUGCAACCCGUUCCUGUACACGCUCUUCACCCGGGCCUUCAGGAAGGACGUGGGCCUGCUGCUGAGACGCUGCGGUUGCCACGCCAACGCCGACCUCUACAGGUUGCAGACUCUGGCCUCGCACCUGAACUCCGCGCACACAAUGUCCACCAGAAAACCUCGCUCGCUCAGCCUCUACGCCUAUCACAUUAAGGUGAAGGGUUGUUUUCUAAACAAGGGAACGACAUGACCGUCAACUGAGAGAACGAAGGUCAAAAUGAAGGUCAGGGUGAAGAGCUUUGUCAGUCCUGUUAAAAGCAGACAUCAGCGCUGAGUUGAUCUUGGUUGGUUAACAGAAUGACAAUUUCACUAGAAAGGACUUUGUGACCUCUAAUUGGAGCUGUGUGAACCGAUAAUGUGGUGAAAAGAAGCAGAAACAGGGAUUUGCAAAACUACCCUGAACCAGCUGCACUUGAGUGAGAUACUGUUGCAAGAUAGUAGAAAUUAAAUGUUGUUUGGCUUCAUCCAAAUUUAGUUUGAAGCAUAAACUGUGUAAAAAAAAACAAAAAAACGGACGUAGCCAUUGUCAUGUCUUUAGUGGGACUGUGAGCCCAUAUUUUAAUUUAAGCCUCUGCCAUCUUGUUUUUUUAAUAAGCCAGGAGUGAGCAUCAUUGGACAACAGGGUGGAUACCAAGUGGAAACCUCCAGUGUUGAAAAAUAAAGCCAAUAGACGAGUGAAAAUAAACUGCAGUUCCUCGAGUGUCCACCAGGGGCUGCUGUAAAAGCCAAACAAUCCCCAUUAGGUCCCAUAUUAAAAACAUUUUUACAGCAGAAACCAAAAUGUUUACAGCAUUGGUACACGCUCUCUAGGAUUUUGUGAUGUUAUGAAGCCUAGGGGUUAUUCACAAAUUAGCAAAAUCAGGGGGCGUGGCUGAUUUGACUGUAGCGAUUUAUCAGGAGGCUUAAGGCACCGCCUCGGCUCCACCUCUUCACCCGUUUCUAGAUUUGUCAAAAGUUAGGUGGAGAUAGCAUUUCCAAUAUGGCUAACACCACUGUCAGGCUUCAUAAUGCCAUUGGUACUACAUCCAUUUUUAUACAGUCUAUGGUGGAUUUGUAUUGCUACAUCUCUAUCCUGACUGACUGGCUCCCAUGCCAGGGACGUGUCAAUCACAGGUGAACAUGCCCAGAAGUAUACCUGCUUUAUUGCCUAUUUUAUUGUAAAUAUCACAAUUUAUGUAACGAACGUCAAGCUGUGUUAAAGAGUUAAACUACUGAUUUAGAAAAUUAUAUAUUUUAAACAUGUUUACUGAGGGUUUAAUCAACUUAAGACUUUUUUUUAUUUUAAGUAUUUUUUUGCGACUAAUGGGAGUCGCCUCCUGCUGGCCGUUAGAGAGAAUGCAUGUUCAAGGCACUACCUUAUUCUGAAGGCUAC